UUUCGUUUUACCCCUAAUCGAACAUGCCUCUCAUAUACUUCGAUCGCACGAUUAACUCGCCGCAGGAGCUCGUCCUGGCGGGAUUGAAGGACUCCAGCACAGGUACUUCCCUCCGCGAACUGGCCACCUUUGUGACACGCAAGACGGGAUUUCCGGGCGAAGUCUGCUUUAAGGUCAUCACAGAGGCCCUCGAGGAGGCCAUGGCCUGCAAGAGCAUCCGCCAAGUGGGUGGACUCUUCUACGAGAUACCGCCAAAACCGCCUCGUGCGCCCGCCAGACGUCGGAAAUGCUAAACACCGCAACCAAAGACGGGGAAUGACUGUUGCCAUAAUUUAUUCAUAAUGCCGAGAGUAUCCGCUCUAGUGGCCGAGAAGAGCAGAGCAAACACUUUAUUAAAAUUAAAAUUUAUCUAAAUUGCGACAGCAAGCUAUUCUAUCCGCAAAGUACUUGAACAACUUCGCCCGCCUUCGUCUGACAAUGACGAAAGGGUUGAUGUGGAUGCCAGCCCUACCCGCAAAGUAAAGUGUGCACUCCUUGUUGCUGCAACGUCUUGUGUCUGUCAAACGUCAGUCCUGGCGUUGUGGAGCGUUGAAAUUGAAAGCUCCGCUCGCUUUAUUUUUCGGCCAGGUGGGGCAAAGAUGGAAUAGAAUGGGGGGAUGGGGCCCGGGCCUUUGCAUUCUCAAUGUGUCACUUUGAUUUAUUAUUUUCGACAGCCCUCCCCAUGGAACUCCGCUUACAGGACUCGUGAGUCUGAGCAGAAAAUUACACCAAAAGCAUGAAUUGGUGGAACACAGUCAUUUUUACAUACACAAAGUUACUUGGA